CUGAGUGAGGAGUGGGGCGAAGUACUGACCUGGCUUGGAAGGAGCUGGUAGGAUGAAGGGGCAGGGCCCCAUGGCAGGCCCCCAUCCCCACUUCGCAUCCCAGAAGUCAGGAGCUUGGUAGUUUUUUGAGAACCUUGCUUUUUGUGCCAUUGUAACCCCCUCCAUUCUUGCUGCAGCAGGUGGUGCUACUUUAAGGGCUGCUGGAAGUUAUCAUUUAGGACUGGAGACUGGCAGAGCUGAGGGGGUUUUAGAUGUCAAGGUGGAAGAACCAGGGCCUUGUAAGGAGUGAAGUCCCUGCUGUCCCACCUGGGUUGUUCCUUCUGCCUCUGCCCCUUCAGUGGCAAAUCUGGGCCUGGCAGGGAUGGGUUACAGGGCCUGGUCCUGUCCCUGAAGUGAAGGUCAGCCUCAUGCUGAGCUCUCUACUGAGAGACCAAAUCCCAAGAGUGAACAAGCUGGCCUACUUCAAGCACAUUUGAGGUCUGCCAGCCUGGGUCAGUUCCCUGAAUGAGUGGCAGUGGUGAGGGUUCUAAGGGGCUGGGGACCAUUCCCAAGCUGCCAGCAAUUGGGAUGGGCUGGAGGGCAGAAGCCUCUGCCCUCACACCACCCACACAGGCUCCUUGGUGCCCUGGCCUCAGACCACCUGUUCCCACCAUCCGUGGUGUGUUGGGGGCUGCAGAUGCCAUGUCCUACAGCAGGAGGGCCCUCCCCAUGCUACCUCUCUUCCUUUGCCCAGCCUCCCAGGGACAGUGCCUGGGACACUUUGGCAGGGAUGGGGCCAGGGGCCUGCUUCCAGCCCAGAGCUGGCCCAGGACACAAAGGCAUCUGCUCUUGCUGCUGCAGCCGGGGCCAGGCCCGGACUUGUGCUUGUCUGAAGGAGCCACUGGCAGUGGCCACCCACAGAAUGUGCUGGCCAAAGCCCUCUACGACAAUGUGGCUGAGUCCCCGGAUGAGCUCUCCUUCCGCAAGGGUGACAUCAUGACUGUGCUGGAGCGGGACACGCAGGGCCUGGAUGGCUGGUGGCUCUGCUCACUGCAUGGGCGCCAAGGCAUCGUGCCCGGGAACCGCCUCAAGAUCCUGGUGGGCAUGCAUGACAAGAAGCCAGCAGGGCCAGGCCCCGGCCCACCCGCCAGCUCAGCCCCGCCCCAGCCCGGCCUCCACACUCCCGCUGCCCCGUACACGCCCAUGCUGCCUGCGACGUACCCAACCCAGCCUGACAGCGUCUACCUGGUGCCCACCCCCAGCAAGACUCAGCAAGUCCUCUACCAAGCCCCCGGACCCAGCCCACAGUUCCAGUCUCCCCCAGCCAAGCAGACAUCCGCGUUCUCCAAGCAGAUGCCCCAUCACCCGUUUCCCAGCCCAGCCCCAGACCUUUACCAAGUGCCCCCAGGGCCUGGCAGCCCUGCCCAGGACAUCUACCAGGUACCACCUUCCGCUGGGAUAGGACACGACAUCUACCAGGUCCCCCCAUCCAUGGACACACGCAGCUGGGAGGGGACGAAACCACCAGCCAAGGUGGUGGUGCCCACCCGAGUGGGGCAAGGCUAUGUGUUCGAGGCCUCCCAGCCAGAGCAGGACGAGUACGACAUCCCGCGCCACCUGCUGGCCCCAGGGCCCCAGGACAUCUAUGAUGUGCCCCCUGUUCGGGGGCUGCUUCCCAGCCACUAUGGCCAAGAGGUAUAUGACACACCCCCCAUGGCUGUCAAGGGUCCCAAUGGUCGGGACCCAUCACUGGACGUGUAUGAUGUCCCCCCCAGUGUGGAGAAGGGCCUGCCACAGUCCAACCACCACGCGGUCUAUGAUGUUCCCCCAUCGGUGAGCAAGGACGUGCCCGACGGCCCACUGCUGCGUGAGGAGACCUAUGACGUGCCCCCUGCCUUCGCCAAGGCCAAGCCCUUUGAUCCGACCCGCCACCCACUGGUCCUUGCUGCGCCCCCUCCAGACUCACCACCAGCGGAGGACGUGUAUGACGUGCCACCUCCAGCUCCUGACCUCUACGAUGUGCCCCCUGGCCUGCGGCGGCCUGGCCCUGGCACCCUGUACGAUGUGCCCCGAGAGCGGGUUCUUCCUCCCGAGGCUGCUGACUGCAGUGUGGCCGAUGACGGGGUGUACGCGGUGCCCCCGCCAGCUGAGCGAGAGGCCCCGGCCGAUGCCAAGCGCCUGUCGGCCUCCAGCACGGGCAGCACACGCAGCAGCCAAUCGGCCUCCUCCCUGGAGGCGGCAGUGCCCGGCCGUGAGCCCCUGGAGCUGGAAGUGGCCGUGGAGGCCCUGGCACGGCUGCAGCAGGGCGUGAGCGCCACUGUGGCCCACCUCUUGGACCUGGCAGGCAGUGCUGGUGGGUGUGGGGGCUGGCGCAGUGUCCCCGAGCCUCAGGAGCCCCCAGUACAGGACCUGCGGGCUGCCGUGGCUGCUGUCCUCGGGGCCGUCCACGAGCUGCUAGAGUUUGCCCGCAGCGCCGUGGGCAACGCUGCCCAUACUUCUGACCGCACGCUGCAUGCCAAGCUUAGCCGGCAACUGCAGAAGAUGGAGGACGUGUACCAGACGCUGGUGGCCCAUGGUCAGGCUCUUGACAGUGGCCAGGGAGGCCUGGGGGCCACUCCCGAAGACGUGGAUCGCCUGGUGGCCUGCUCUCGGGCUGUGCCCGAGGAUGCCAAGCAGCUGGCCUCCUUCUUGCAUGGCAAUGCCUCGCUGCUCUUCAGACGGACCAAGGCCCCUGUCUCGGGGCCCGAGGGGGGUGGCCCCCUGCACCCUAACCCCAUUGACAAGACCAGCAGCAUCCAGUCCCGGCCCCUGCCUUCACCCCCCAAGUUCACCUCCCAGGACUCACCAGAUGGGCAGUACGAGAACAGUGAGGGAGGCUGGAUGGAGGAUUACGACUAUGUCCACCUGCAGGGGAAGGAAGAGUUUGAGAAGACCCAGAAGGAGCUGCUGGAGAAGGGCAACAUCAUGCGGCAGGGGAAGGGCCAGCUGGAGCUGCAGCAGAUGAAGCAGUUUGAACGGCUGGAGCAGGAGGUAUCACGGCCCAUAGACCACGACCUGGCCAACUGGACGCCAGCCCAGCCCCUGGCCCCGGGGCGGACAGGCGGCCUGGGGCCCUCGGACCGGCAGCUGCUGCUCUUCUACCUGGAGCAGUGCGAGGCGAACCUGACCACACUGACCAACGCGGUGGACGCCUUCUUCACCGCCGUGGCCACCAACCAGCCACCCAAGAUCUUCGUGGCACACAGCAAGUUCGUCAUCCUCAGCGCCCACAAGCUGGUGUUCAUCGGGGACACACUGUCACGGCAGGCCAAGGCGGCUGACGUGCGCAGCCAGGUGACCCAUUACAGCAACCUGCUGUGCGACCUCCUGCGUGGCAUCGUGGCCACCACCAAGGCCGCCGCCCUACAGUACCCAUCUCCUGCCGCCGCCCAGGACAUGGUGGACAGGGUAAAGGAGCUGGGCCACAGCACCCAGCAGUUCCGCCGGGUCCUGGGCCAGCUAGCAGCCGCCUGAGAGCUGUCACCUAGAGGGACAGAGGGCAGGGGAAGUGGGCAGCGAUGGCCCCCAGAGAGCCGUCAUGCCUCGGCCAUGGGGACAGGUGACCCCAGCUCCACCCGGGCCUGGCGCCCCAGACUGUCAGGGAUUUGUAUAUAUUUAUGACGGGGCAGGAUGUGGGAUGGUGCCUCCUCAGAGGAGCCUGAGCAGAGCUGGGCCCUGGUGCCGAGGCCAGGAGCAGGCUGGUGAUCUUUCCUGAGUGCACGGCUGUCCUGCGGGCCCAACACUCAGGCCAGGCCAGGGGCUUGCAGGCCCCUUGGCCCACGUGGCCUCAGGUGACCCUGUGGGCUGACCCAGCCUGGUAAGGGUGCCAGUGGCCCCUCCACAGGGGAAGCGCAACUGUGGCAUGUUCCCUCUGCACCAGGAGAAAACCCUAAAAAACUAUUUUUCGUUAUUGAUUUUCCAAUCAUUUGACUAAUAGUCUACAUUUAAAUAAAAUUUCAAAACCGAGAA